AUGGCGUCUUCCAACCAUGUUACCCCCACCAACUGUAGCUGGUGGCCCAUCUCUGCCAUGGAUGAAGACGGCAAAGAAACGGAUGGAGAAGAAAGCCAAGAACCUACCAUAGAACCCAAACCCUUCUCCAAAGAUAGGCUCGUCUUAUAUCACUGGACGCAGUCCUUCGCGUCUCAAAAGGUCCGUCUGGUGAUCAACGAGAAGGGUUUGCUGUGCGAGGAGAGGGACGUCAGCCUACCGCUGACGGAACACAAGGAGCCCUGGUUCAUGAGGCUGAACCUGGGCGAGGAGGUGCCCGUCUUCAUCCACGGCGACACCAUCGUCAGCGACUACAACCAGAUCAUCGACUACUUAGAAGCCAACUUUGGUGGAGAGACGGUGGCCCAGCUGAUCCCAGACGCAGAGAGCCCCAUACACGAGCGUGUGCAGCAGUACCGCCACCUACUGGAUGGGCUGCCUAUGGACGACUACACGCACGGCUGCAUCCUGCACCCUGAACUAACCGUAGACUCCAUGAUUCCAAAGUACGCCACCGCAGAGAUUCGCAGACACCUAGCUAAUGCAGCAUCAGAGCUGAUGAAGCUGGAUCACGAGGAGCCGCAGCUGACAGAGCCAUACUUGUCGAAACAGAAGAAACUCAUGGCAAAGAUCUUGGACCACGACAACGUUAACUACCUGAAGAAGAUCCUGGGUGAACUAACUAUGGUACUAGACCAGGUAGAAGCUGAGCUUGAGAAGAGAAAAUUGGAAUAUGAAGGUCAGAGGUGUGAGUUGUGGCUGUGCGGGCCGGACUUCACGCUGGCGGACGUGUGGCUGGGAGCCACGUUGCACCGCCUGAAGUUCUUGGGACUCUCUAAGAAAUACUGGGAGGACGGGAGCCGGCCCAAUAUCCAGUCGUUUUUCGAGCGCGUGCAGAAACGCUACGCCUUCCGGAAGGUUCUGGGAGACAUACACACCACCCUCCUGUCAGCGGUUCUACCCAACGCCUUCCGUAUGGUCAAAAAGAAGCCGCCAUCCUUCUUCGGGGCGUCUUUCCUGAUGGGGUCACUGGGGGGUAUGGGUUACUUUGCCUACUGGUUUUUAAAAAAGAAAUACAUGUAGUAAAUGCCCCCCUUCCCUUCCCUCUUGUCUUCAGUGUAUGUGUAAUUUGUGUGAUGUUUCAACUUUUUUUUCGGUAGCUUUGUUUUAUGACAGCAGGAAUAUAGGAGUCUGUACAGAGAACAACACCAAUACUCACAAGAUAAAUAAGAACAUUCCAAGACAGGGAGUUCUUCCUCUGACAGCACGUUUCCAGUUUAUCGAUGCCUUCAUCCUGGUUUCUUUCAGGAGUUUAUUGAUGUUUUGUUAGUUUUUUUUUAUGUUGUUGUUUCAUUUGUUUCUGCGUAUCUCUGGAGGCAUGCUUGAGGCCUUUGGCCAUUUUGACAAAAUAUCGUCAAGACAAAUAUUCAUAACCGUCUUACUGAUUGUGUUUAACUUGAUUGCGAUUAGUUUAUGACUUUGUGACAACAUAUUGCAGUCUGGUUUCCUUAAUGCCAAUCGUGACAUUCACUUUUAGCCCAGUAGCCCUGUUGAUACUGUAACUUUCCUUCGAAAACCUGAGACUCUCUCUGAAUUGUCUCCUGUUGCCAAAUACUGCCAAACUAAAUAACAACCUUUACAUGAAUACGACAUAUUGGUUGACCAAGAAAAAAAAAAAACAUCCAGUCAUUACCGUUUAAAGAAAUGAUAUCAGAAAACUGGAAAAUGUUAGGCGACAUGAUGUGCAUUGAGUGAAAUCAAACUCAUUUAGUCAUCACACCCACCCUCCAUGUAGGACUGCACAAGUAGACGCUACACACUAGACCUCAUAUUAACUCACUGAUGGGACUCGCUCCUGCCAUUGCAUUGCAUGAUUUGACUGCCUUGAUCCAACAUCCAGCCAUGUAUCUGUGAGGUGUGGUUUGGCCAGGCAGGUGUGAUAGUGACUUUAUGGUCAUAUUAACUAGGUUAGUUUGAAGACAUUUGGGAGAAAUGUGGAAAUAACAAUGAAUCGAUGUAAAAGAGCUCUUUUCACAAAAAAUCCCUUUACAUUGGUUGAAUAUGUGUUAACCAUAAACGGGGGUGAUCUCAGUUGUGUAUGACAUGUCUGUGCAUGACAAAAUAUGAACAAAUGUUGAAUGUGGUGAACAAAUGUGUGUGAGUGUGUGUGUGUGUGUAUGUGUGAGAGAGUGUGUAUUCAUGCUGGCAAGAUUGCUGCUGAUAUGUGUGUGUGUACUUGCUUCGUUGUCUGCUGAGAUGUCACCUUGUGUCUAAUGUGCCCUGUCCCUCUUGUCCCUCAGGAUGAAGGGGUGUGUGAUGGUUAAAACGGAGUUCGCCCCUUUUGCUUAGGUGAGGGCGCUGAGGUGUGUGUGUUCAAGUAAGUGUGUUAUCUGUGGUCAUGUGAUCAAGACGUGUGGUGCAGAAAGGACACGACAGGGUCGGCCCUCUACCACAAAGUUAGCAGUGUGCUGUAUAGUUUCUAAUCUCAUGGAGCCCUGCAGCUCUGUCCAAUGGCAAUAAAGACAAACUAGUGGUAGAUCCUCAUUUAUGCUCUGAACGAAUGCUGUAUAUAUCAGUGUUACUGUGAUUGGUGUAGCUAGCUAAGCAUGACUGCAGAAGAAGAUAUCUCCACCCUUCAUCGGUUACUCUGGUCCAUUCCUACCGCUUCCUGCAGGCCUGUAAGUUCUGUGAAGAGGAGCUGUUUGCCGUUUGCCGACAAAUGGAAGUUCUCCAGCUUCACAUCCAAUGCAUCUUAAAUGGGUGACCUUAUCAAGGUCAAGCUGGUGUACAGUAGGCGAGCAGUGGAUACGUGGGACAGGUUCAUAUAGUUUUCAGAGGGGGACUGUGAACGGUGUUUAACCAAAGAUAAUCAUCUGUGUCUCACGGUCACCUCCACACACGAUCAUCUGCAUCUUUUCCUAUAUGGUCUUCAUGCACUGGAUAUUUACAUUCACACGUCUGUCCUUUUCAUGUAUGUGUGUUAGUAUGUGGUGUCGUGUAUUAAUGUCUCUUGUUUUUAAAAACAGAUGUUCAACUGUUUGGAAGCAUUCACUCAAAAGCCAUUGUCAAAGUCACUGAACACACACGUACCAGUCAGUCACAGAGCUCAUGACCUCUAUGGAUUUUUGGACACAUUUCAAUGUCUGUCUGUGGUGUUCCUCCCAUGAGACCGAUACAUCCAGGUUCAAUAGAAAAUAGAAUCAGCACCAGAAUGUAACUCGCGGAAGUGUCCUCCACCUCAGUCAUGUUGGUCCGAGAGUCAAAGGCCAGAAUUUUGGCGAAUCUGAUUUUGACAGUCAAAGUUAAUUUCUUUGCUGUUUCUUGUUCCUUAGGGUAGCUCAGUAAGAUAAGAGAGGGUGUCCAGUAAUGUCCCCUGGGGAAAUUCCCGAUAUUAUUUAUAAAUUAAAUUUCCCAAGGGAUAUCACCUGGCACCCUCGCAAAUCUUAAAGAGUGAGGCCCACACCAAGACUACAAGAUACAGCAGGGAAAAAAAAUGUUAACUGAUGAAAUCAGGUCCGAUCCCACGACUCCUGGACUAUGUGGAACAGUUGAGAAAGCCAUUGGGAACAUCACAUCCUCUCAGAGCCCCUCGUCACACUUCCCAGCAACCCACACUCCCUCUGUGUCUGUACUUGCAAGUCCUCUUUGUGUUUACUUUAGAGGAAGCUGUGGGUCCUGAACCACUUUGAAGUCAUAGCUUAUUAUACAAACCUACAGAGAUGAGUUAGCUAUUUGAGAGGGAAGAUUUCUGGCCAUUUAAGUUCACAAUAGAUUAUUUUGAAUUUUGUAUUUUUUAUUUUUAUAUUUAUAAAUAUGCAUUUAUUUAAGGUGCUUUUAAAAAUGUUUGUUCAUAAGCCUUAAUUUGUUCAGUUGCCAUCGAUGACAAAAUAAAUUAAAAAGCUUAACAGAACAACCUGGGUUGCUGUAUUCAUUCGUAUAAAAGCCAUACAACACAAUCACCCAAACAAACUUA